GACAAAUUUCGGAAAUUUUAACGGAAUGCUCAAUAUAAUAAGAAAGCUGGAAGCAGAAGUCAAGGCCAACAGCGAGCGUCUUCAAGCACAAGCGCGACACGACGGCGCUGCCGAAGUUGGCGCCAGAAGCCCAGACAUUGCCGACAGCGACAACAGAGGCGCGCAGAUAAACGAUGAGCAACAAAAGGGGUCGUUUGCGCUAGCGAAAGAAAUCGCUGUUGACUUCGAUGGACAAGACUGUGCAAGCAAGUGGAUCGGACAAUUGAAGAGCAUUGCGCAGGUUUUCGAGUUGAACGAGACUUGUGUGCGCAUGUUGUUUGUGGCAAAACUAAAGGGUGCUGCAAAACGUUGGAUUCAAGCGAACCCAACUCGUUUGAUCGAACCGUUCGAACAGCUGUGCGAACAUUUAAUUUUGUCGUUUGGUCAAACAUGUUCGAAGGCAACCUUGCGACGAAAUUUCGAGCAGCGGAUGUGGCAACGCCAGGAAAAGUUUGCCACUUAUUUCGAAGCGAAGAUGACUUUAGCAGAAAAUAUAAAUUUGGAUACAGAGGAGCUGUUGGAGCAUCUGAUUGAAGGCAUCUCGUCAGAUAUUUUGCGUGAUCAGGCACGCAUACGAUGUUUUACGGAUCCGAUGGAGUUGCUUAAGGCGUUUACCAAUAUCCAGUUGCCGAAUGUGAAAUCGACAGCUGAUUGGGUGAAACCACCAAUCGUUAAGAAGAGCGCUGAUGGAAAGGAAUGGCGCUGUUAUAAUUGCAACGCACGAGGACACAUUGCCAAGGAUUGCGGUAAACCGAAGAGACCACCCGGUUCGUGUUAUGGAUGUGGCGUUGAUGGUCACUUCAUUGCCCAAUGCCCAAAGAGAAAAGUGCGCCGAGGAGACGACGAUGACUAUAAUGCCUCAUAGACUCAGGAAGCAGUACAUCAAUAAUUAAAAAAUCAAAGGUGCCGGCUGGAAUUUGCCUACAUCCUGUUUUGAAGUCAUAUUUUGGAGUAAAUAAAAGUCCAUUGAGAAUACAUGGCAAAAUUUUCUGUUUCAUAAUUAAAAAUAAAGUAAA